GAAAGUAUUUUCAUUUUACAGUGUGUUCCUGGUUAGUCCUGUUCUGCUGCAGCUGUGUAAGGUGUCCGUUCAGCUGAUCCCUCAGUCCAAACUCGUCACUUCUCACUGGAGCCUCUUAAAAGUACAACAUGGAAAACAUCGGUGAAAUCGAUGAAGGAUUCUACUCGAGACAGCUAUAUGUUCUGGGUCAUGAGGCGAUGCAGCGGAUGGGCACUGCCAGCGUCCUCAUUGCAGGCAUGCGUGGUCUCGGGGUAGAAAUUGCCAAGAAUGUGAUCCUGUCCGGAGUCAAGUCUGUCACUGUUCAGGACGAGGGUCGCACAGAGUGGACCGACCUGUCCUCCCAGUUCUUCCUGAGGGAGUCUCAUCUGGGUCAGAACAGAGCCACAUGUUCCCUCCAGCAGCUGUCAGCCUUAAACCCACAUGUGCGUGUGUCAGCACACACUGGACCACUGGAUGAGGACCUGCUUCUGCAAUUUGAGGUGGUGGUCCUCACUGACUCCUCACUGGGUGACCAGAAGCGUUUUGGUGAGCUCUGCCAUUCACAUGGGAUAAAGUUCAUUGUGGCAGACACCAAAGGACUCUGUGGUCAGUUGUUCUGUGACUUUGGGGAGGCGUUUGAGGUCUUGGACCAGAAUGGAGAGAUGCCUGCAUCAGCAAUGAUUCAAAAUAUCUCUAAGGGGAAUCCUGGAGUGGUGGUCUGCACAGACGACCAGAAGCAUGGAUUCUCAGACGGCACUAAAGUUUCUUUCUCUGAAAUUCAAGGCAUGACGGAGCUCAACAGCAUCGACCCUGUGGAGAUCACAGUCCGCGGCCUUCACUCCUUCAGCAUUGGUGACACUUCAGCCUUUUCCAAGUAUGAACGGGGUGGAGUAGUGACUGAGGUUAAGCAGCCCUGCAUGCUAAAUUUUAAACCACUGAGUGAGGCUCUGUUGAAUCAUGAACUCCUGAAAAUGAACGACUUUGGGAAAAUAAUAAGGCAUAAGACCUUGCACUUGGCUUUCCAAGCUCUCCAUAGCUUUGUGAAGAAAGAACAGCGACUCCCUGGUGUCCGGUCUCAGUCAGAUGCAGAGGCCCUGCUUGCCACAGUGAGAGAGCUGAAUGCAGUCGCACAGCUGGAACAGCUGGAUGAAGACGCUGUGCGAAACCUGUCCUUCACGGCCCAGGGUGACUUGGCUCCUAUGAAUGCUUUCAUUGGAGGCCUUGCUGCCCAAGAAGUUAUUAAGGCAUGUAGUAGGAAAUUUAUGCCCCUUCAGCAGUGGCUAUAUUUUGAUGCACUGGAGUGCCUCCCUCAAGAUGAUCAGCUGGGAGAGAGCUCCUUUUCAGCAAAAGGCACAAGGUACGAUGGACAGAUUGCUGUGUUUGGGUCAGCGUUCCAGGAGAAGCUUGAGAGGCAGAAGUAUUUCCUGGUUGGAGCUGGUGCUAUUGGCUGUGAGCUUCUGAAAAACUUUGCCCUCAUUGGGCUCGGUGCAGGAGAAGGAGGACAAAUCACUGUAACCGACAUGGACUUCAUAGAAAGAUCCAACUUGAACCGCCAGUUCCUGUUCAGGUCUCAGGAUAUUGGGAAACCCAAAUCAGAAAUUGCAGCCAAAGCAGUGCGAGAGAUGAACCCACAGGUCAACAUCACCGCUCACCAGAAUCGUCUGGAUGCUGACAGUGAAGGAGUGUAUGGAUAUGACUUCUUCACAGGUCUUGAUGGAGUGGCUGCAGCCCUCGACAAUGUGGAAGCCAGGGUCUAUCUUGAUGGACGCUGCAUUCAACACCAGAAGCCGAUGCUGGAGGGAGGAACUCUAGGAAGCAAAUGUCAUACUCUGGUGGUGGUGCCUCACCUGACAGAGUCUUACGGACCUGCCAAAUCAAGUUCUAAUAAUGCCAUCCCGCUCUGCACACUCAAGAACUUCCCUCACCGCAUCGAGCACACUCUGCAGUGGGCCAGAGACCAGUUUGAAGGACUGUUCAAACAAACACCUGAAAAUGUGAAUCUCUUCCUGAGGGACGCAGGGUUUGUAGAGCGGACUCUUGGCCAUGGAGACGCUGAGGCCCUGGAGGUUUUAGGGGGGGUGUGGGGCAGCCUGGAGGCCAUGAGAACCGGAGGACAACGUCCAGCCAACUGGGAAGACUGUGUGAGCUGGGCACGCUGUAAAUGGGAGACUCUUUAUAACAAUGAAAUCCGCCAGCUGCUGCACUGUUUCCCUGCCGAUCAGGUGACCUCCACUGGGCUGCCCUUUUGGUCUGGAUCGAAGAGAUGCCCUCACCCACUGACCUUUGACCCAAACAAUACUACCCAUAUGGAGUAUGUGGUGGCAGCAGCUAAUCUGUAUGGGCAAAUCUAUGGGAUCAAAGGGACAACAGAUGUUGCCUCUAUCAGAAAAAUCUUAGAGAAAGUCCACAUACCCUCUUUCACUCCCAAGUCUUCAGUAAAAAUUCAUGUUACUGACGAGGAGAUGCAGGAGGACAAAAAAAGGGGAAGUGAUGAUGCAGAAAAAGCUCGUCUUGAGGAGUUGAAGGGAAAGUUGGCCUCACCGUCUCUGAAAAGCUCAGCCAUGCAGAUGUACCCCAUGGACUUUGAGAAGGAUGACGACACUAACUUCCACAUGGACUACAUUGUUGCUGCCUCUAACCUGAGAGCAGAGAACUAUGACAUCCCCGCAGCCGAUCGCCACCAGAGUAAGCGCAUUGCUGGAAGGAUCAUCCCCGCCAUAGCUACCACAACAGCCGCAGUGGCAGGCCUGAUGUGCCUGGAGCUGUACAAAGUGGUGCUGGGUCACAAGAAUAUCAGCUCUUAUCGCACAGCUUACAUCAACCUGGCUGUCCAGUACUUUGUUCUGUCCCAGCCCAGCCGGCCCCAGCAAUUCCAAGUCGCAGGAAAGAAAUACACCCUGUGGGAUGACUUCCUUGUUGAGGGCAGACGCGGCGAUCAGCAGGAAAUGACCUUGGGCGAUCUGCUCCAGUAUAUCAAGGAUAAAUAUAACUUGAACGUCUGCAGUCUCUUCUACGGAACAGCUUUCUUAUACAGUGGGCAACAGGAGAGGCUUCAGCAGAGUGUGUCUGAUGUGGUGAGAAUGGUCACCAAAGCAGACAUCCCCCCACACAAGAAGAUGCUGGAGUUGGUGCCUUCAUUUGAGGAAGAUGAGGACUGUGAGUCGGUCCCACCCAUCAGGUACCUGCUGCCUUGAUGCCACAGAAAGGAAGUUUCCACAACGUCCAGGUGAAAAACACUCACAUGGAACUGCCUCAAUGUGACAAAACAAACUUGUGACUUCAUAUCAUUUAAAAACUGAAUUUGUUGAUUUAGCUUUAGCCAGUUGUUUUUUUCCAUCCAUUAUCUGGAUUUCUCUUAAUUUUGCUUUACAUUCCAAGUAUGUUUUGAAUAAUUGAUCAUUUUUAUUGUUAAUUACACUUUGAUUAUAUGAAAUGAGUACUUCCACAGUUACACUGUCUAAUCUGUUCCCCUGCCCUUUAACCAGGUCCCCAAAAAAUACAAUACAAAAUGCUCAAAGGUUGAUGCCCAGUUCCUCUUUUGGGCUUUUUCUUUGUCAUGUUUUUAUAAGCCCAAAGAGGAACCAUGGGGAUUGACAAUGUCCUUGGUCAUUACCAGAAAUUUUCACCACAAAGUCUUGUUUUCUAACUGUUGGCUUUUAUUUACGUAUAAAAUGUGCCUUUUGAGAGGUCACGCUAAGAGGUUGUGAAGAUACUUGCCAAGCCAUAUGGAUUAGAUGAUCUGGCGCUGGUGGGGCAGUGCUGGACUGGUUUUCGAGGUCUAAUUCAGGUCAGGCUGAGCUUGAUGUUGAAAGCAUGCAGUCUGAACGGGCAGCUGGCACAGUGGGUACAGCGCUUUGAUGAUUCAGGGUGCUUUUGCCAUCUGGACACAGCUGUCUUGUGUAAAUCCAUGAUUCAAACACACAUAUGUACCCAUCCCUCCCUCUCUGAAGACUCCCUGAGCUGGUCAGAACAGAGAAGCUGGAUUCAUCUUCAAGGACUUUCUUUGUCCUCAGACGGCUUUUGUGCACCUCCCUCCCUUUACCACAGCCUCACUGUUUGUUUAACUUCACACCCGCACAUUAAUAUGUCGUUGUUAACAUGCUCUGCUGUCUCAGUCGGCUAUUAUUGAAUCAUGUCGUGAGGGAUCCUCUCUGUAAUUAUUGCUGCAACUACUUAUAGACUUUUUAAAUCUGUAAUUUGGCAGUGAUUGAAGGAGGCUGUUUGUGAUUCAAUUCUGUUUGAACAAUAAUAAAAUUAUGUCUAUGGGGAA